UUUAAACAUUUCUGAAAAUGAUUUAUUAUAUCAAAUCUAGUUUUUAUUCGCGAUGGAGAAGUCUUAUUGUGUAAUCGUAUUUUUAUUGUUCUGUUUAUUUAUAGAAGAUGUAGUAUCCCGGAAACGACUUUAUCUCGAUAGAAAUAACGUUGAAAAUUCCGAUGGUAAAAUCGUAGGAGGCUACAACACCACUAUACAGGAUGUUCCUUACCAAGUGUACCUAAUGCUGCAGAUGGGUACCGAUUACUAUCAGUGUGGAGGUUCCAUCAUAAGCGAGAGAUACGUGUUGACAGCAGCCCAUUGUCUCACAGGGAUAACGCGAAUUUAUGUAAGAGCCGGCAGUACUCUAGCUAUGAGCGGGGGCACCCAGUACAACACGACGAGAUUUAGACAACAUCCAUUUUAUAAUCCAAUGAAUUUCGAUUAUGACGUCGGUCUGGUAAAUAUUCCUGGUGGAAUAGCAUUGGAUGGAAUUAAUACAAAAGCUGUUCCAUUACCGAAAGCUGGAGCCAAAAUUGCAAAUGGUACAAAUAUUCUUGUUACUGGAUGGGGAGAUACUACAGAGAAUGGUCAAGUAAGCCCAAAUUUGAUGGGCGUACAGGUGCCAACGGUAUCUAAUGAUGAAUGCCGCAAGUCUUACUCCACACUUACAUCUCGACAGUUCUGUGCUGGUGUGCCCGAAGGAGGCAAGGACUCUUGUCAGGGUGAUUCCGGAGGUCCAGCAGUAUCUACAGAUACGGGAAUUCAACUCGGAACUGUUUCGUUUGGAACAGGCUGUGCUCGACCAGGGAUCCCUGGGGUAUAUGCUAAUUUAGCUAAAGUGAGAAGGUGGAUUAAACGGAACUCAGGCGUUUAAAAC